CGAAGACUAUUUAAAGUCAAAAAGUCCGCAAUAACUUCAUUGCAGUUGAGAGGCCCUACCUUCAACAAAAUGAAUCCAACGACUGUUACAUACCUGCUAUUCUCCCUCUUGGGAUAUUCCAGUAUCAUUAUUGCAGCAUCAAUUCCUUCUGAUGUACAGGCAAUUCCCUCUGAUGUAGCAUCGGUCCCUUUCGAUGCAGUUUCUGCGAAUGAAGUACCACCCCCUUCAUUUAGUAGAGUUGUAGGUGGAGUACAGGUUGACAUUAGAGAUUAUCCUUAUCAGACUUCAGUGCAAUACUCCUUGGUCCAUCUUUGUGGUGGUUCAAUUAUAGCCGAAUCGUUUAUCCUUACAGCCGCACAUUGUGUUUCACAAAAAUUGGCUUCACAAUUCUCCGUUCGUGCAGGAUCGAAUUAUCGAAACUUCGGUGGGGUAACAAGGGCAGUUAGUGCCAUCUACGUUCCUGCAAGGUAUAAUUCGAGUACCGCUGAUUUGGAUGUUGCGCUCAUUUCUUUACAAUCUCCUUUACAAUAUGGAAUAGCAAUUAAUGCUGUUUCACUACCAGCAUCAAACAUUCUCAUUCCUGCUGGUACCAAUGCAAUAACAACAGGAUGGGGAGAGGGCAUCUUCAAUUCCCGACUUCGUGGUGUUAGCGUGCCAGUUGUUUCCUACUCUGCUUGCCGGAAUACCUAUAAACUAACCCCAAACAUGAUCUGCGCAGGUUUCGCUGGAGAAAAUCGUAAUGCUUGUCAGGGUGAAUCGGGUGGACCAUUGGUAGCAAACCGUUACGGUCAAAUUGGCAUUGUAUCCUGGGGACGUGGAUGCUCCUACCGUGUUUAUUCUGACAUUCCUGCUCUUCGAGGAUGGAUCAACUCAGUAACCGGAUUAUAAAUAUGUUACAAAUUGGUGUAAAAACAAACAAAAUAUACGGCAAGCAACGA